CAGGAGGACUCGGUGAUGCCACUUCGGUCCUGGGGAGGGGGUGGGGCAGCCCCCCCUCCGGGCGGGGACACUCCAGGGGCUGCAGAAGAAAGGGAGGCCCGAAGGCAGCCCCCCCCAGGGCGUUCCCAGCCCACCUCCUCCUCCUCCUCCUCCAGGGGCUGGACCAAGGUGAGCCGCAGCCCAUCCCUGCCCCUCCCCGGGCCUGGGCCGCCAAUAAGUCCCCCUGAGCCCCCUCCCUGGGCUUCUCUCCCAGGAAGGCCGAGCAGGAGAAAGGCAGACGGCAGCCCGACGAUGCUUUACCGCAGCUUCCUGGGCCUGGCCCUGACCGCGGUCCUGCUGGGGCUGCCCCUUCUGCCGCCAGGCCUUUCCCAGGAAUGUCCCAAGUACAAGGUCAACACCUGCCAGGAGUGCAUCAAGUCAGGCCCCGGCUGUGCCUGGUGUAAGACUCUGAAUUUCGCCGAGAGAGGGGAGCCGGAUUCCAUCCGCUGUGACACCAGUCAGCAGCUCCGGCAGCGUGGCUGCCCAGAAGGCGACAUCGUGAAUCCCCGCAGCGUGGUCAGGCCGAUGGCGGAUCCCUCUGGCACCAAGACAUCCCAGCUGACGCCUCAGAACAUCCAGCUCCGUCUGCGGCCAGGUCAGACAGCAGCAUUCAACCUCACCUUCAAGCGAGCCAAGGGCUACCCCAUCGACCUCUACUACCUCAUGGACCUGUCCUACUCCAUGUACGAUGACCUGAUCAAUGUGAAGAAGCUGGGGGGCGACCUGCUGAGGGCCCUGAAUGAGAUCACCGAGUCUGGCCGCAUAGGGUUUGGCUCGUUCGUGGACAAGACGGUGCUACCCUUCGUCAAUACCCACCCCGAGAAGCUGAAGCACCCGUGCCCGACCAAGGACACCCAGUGCCAGCCCCCCUUCGCCUUCCGGCACGUGCUCAGGCUCACCAACAACUCGAACCAGUUCCAGAGUGAGGUCGGGAAGCAGCUCAUCUCUGGGAACCUGGAUGCCCCGGAAGGGGGGCUGGACGCCAUGAUGCAGGUGGCCGUGUGCCAGGAGGAGAUCGGCUGGCACAACGUGACUCGCCUGCUGGUGUACGCCACCGACGAUGGCUUCCACUUUGCCGGAGACGGGAAGCUCGGGGCCAUCCUCACCCCGAACGACGGCCGCUGCCACCUGAGAAACAGCCUCUACGAGGACAGCAACAAGUUCGACUACCCCUCUGUGGGGCAGCUGGCCCAGAAACUGGCAGAGAACAACAUUCAGCCCAUCUUUGCUGUGACCAAAAAAAUGGUCCCGACGUAUGAAAAACUCACGGAGAUCAUUCCCAAGUCAGCUGUCGGGGAGCUGUCCGAGGACUCCAGCAACGUGGUCCAGCUCAUCAAGAAUGCUUACAAUAAACUGUCCUCGAGGGUCUUUGUGGACCACAGCAUCAUCCCGGAUACCCUGAAGGUCACCUACGACUCCUUCUGCAGCAAUGGCCAGUCGAGUGUGGACCAGCCCAGAGGAGACUGUGAUGGUGUCCAGAUCGGCACGCCGAUCACCUUCCAGGUGAAAGUGACUGCUACUGAGUGUGUCAAAGAGGAUUCCUUCACCAUCCGGCCCCUGGGCUUCACUGACAUGGUCAACGUCCAGGUUCUGCCCCUCUGUGAGUGCCAGUGUGAGGGUGAGAAGCUCAACAGGAAGCACUGUGAUGACAAGGGCUUCGUGGAGUGUGGCAUCUGCAGGUGUGACCCGGGCCACAUCGGCAAGACGUGCGAGUGCCAGACCCAGGGCAAGAGCAGCCAGGAGCUGGAGGGCAGCUGCCGGAAGGACAACGGCUCGGUCCUGUGCUCCGGCCUGGGGGACUGCGUGUGCGGCCUGUGCACCUGCCACAUCAGCGACCACCCCAACAAGCAGAUCUACGGGAAGUUCUGCGAGUGUGACAACAUCAACUGCGAGCGCUACGAGGGCCAGGUCUGCGGGGGCGCAGAUCGAGGCCGCUGCGACUGCGGCAAAUGCCUCUGCUUGCCGGGCUUCGAAGGGACGGCGUGCCAGUGCCAGAAGUCCACCGAGGGCUGCCUGAACAUCCGCAAAGUCGAGUGCAGCGGCCGUGGGCGCUGCGAGUGCAACGUGUGCAAGUGCGACCCCGGCUACCAGCGCCCGCUGUGCGAGGAGUGCCCGGGCUGCCCGUCCCCCUGCAACCGAUACAUCUCCUGCGCCGAGUGCCUCAAGUUCCAGACGGGACCCUUCGCCAAGAACUGCAGCGCGGCGUGUCCCGGCACGACCCUGUCCCCGACGCCCCUCCGCGGCAAGCCCUGUAAGGAGCGCGGCUCGGCCGGCUGCUGGCUGACCUACACCAUGAAGCAAGUGGACGGGCGCGAGCAGUACCACAUCUACGUGGACGAGGAGCAAGAAUGCGUGGCGGGACCCAACAUCGCCGCCAUCGUCGGGGGCACCGUGGUCGGCGUCGUGCUCAUCGGGGUGCUGCUGCUGGCCGUCUGGAAGGUCCUGACGCACUUCAGCGACCUGCGCGAGUACAAGCGCUUCGAGAAGGAGAAGCUCAAAUCCCAGUGGAACAACGACAACCCCCUUUUCAAGAGUGCGACGACGACUAUCAUGAAUCCCAAGUUUGCCGAGAACUAGGCGGCCGCCAUCGCCUUCGGUAACACCCAGGAGGCUGUGCGAGGGGCCCGGACCUGUCUGGGGGCCCCGCCGGCCUCUGGCCGGAUCUUCUCCCACCUUCCAGGACGAUUCUGAAGCUGCCCCCCCCCCCCCCCCCCGCUUCUUUGGGGCCCUCGCCUUCCCCGCCAUGCUCUGGCCCACGAGGUUCACACGCCGCCCUCUGUCCUCCCUCUGGUUCCCCGCUGGACCUGCUCCGGGCCGGCCCUGCUUCUAGGAUGAAGGGGAGGGACGGACGGAAAACCAGCGAUGGAUGGCACGUCCUGGGUUCGGAUCUGGCUUCAGACGCUUCCUAGCUGGGUGACCUUGAGCAAGUCACUUAACCCCCAUUGUCUAGCUCGGGGGAGCUCCUUACCGUCUUCUGCCUUGGAGCCCAUGGAAGAGGAGGGUUAAAAAGCGCGCUGGAAGGAGCCAGAAGGGACAGGCUGCUGGUGCUGAAAAGUGGGUGGGUGGAUGGACAGGUGGAUGGACGGACAGAUGGGUAAAUAGAAAGAGAAUGGACGGAUGGCCGGAGGAGUGGGUGGAUAGACAGAAUGGACAGACAGAUGGACGGACAGAUGGAUACAGAAUGGACAGACGGAUGGAUGGGUGGAUAGACAGAAUGGAUGGACGGACGGAUGGAUGGAUGGAUAGACAGAAUGGACGGACGGACGGAUGGCCGGAGGAGUGGGUGGAUAGACAGAAUGGACGGAUGGGUGGAUAGACAGAAUGGACGGACGGAUGGACAGAUGGGAUACAGAAUGGACAGACGGAUGGAUGGGUGGAUAGACAGAAUGGAUGGACGGACGGAUGGACAGAUGGAUACAGGAUAGACAGAAUGGACGGACGGAUGGACGGACAGAGGAGUGGGUGGAGGGACCGUCCUUACUGUGAAAUCUGAAGCCGCUGGAAAGGGCCCGCCGCUGAUGGCAGGACCCAGAGCCAGAGGCUGGGGGCAGCGGACCUCACUUUCCCCCGCAGGCCCCCCCAGGCUCCCUUCCUUUUCCAUGGCCAGUUCCAUGGUUUGGGCCCAGGAAGGCUGCCUGGCCGGCCCCCCCUCCCCGAAGCGGCUGCGCGCAGCUAACUGGCUUCUCCUCUUCUGAGCGCUUAUUAAAAUGGCAGCCGCCA